UCACGAUCAUUGGAAAGAGCCAAAGAUGUCGGCUCAGUCAUGUGAUCAGCUGUGUCCAAUCACAGCUGAUCACAUGGGACAUGUACACAGAUCAUCAGAGCCCUGAUGAUCAGUGUGCCCUGAUGAUCUGUGUAACCCCAGCAGCGCCACCUGUCAGUGCCCAUCAGUGCCACAUCAAUGCCACAUUUCAGUGCCCAUCAGUGCCACAUCAAUGCCACAUAUCAGUGCCCAUCUGAGCUCCCUUUCAGUGUCACCCAUCAGUGCCACCUAUCAAUGCCAGUCAGUGCCACCUAUCAGUGCUGCCAAUCAGUGCCACCUAUCAGUGCCAGUCAGUGCCGCCUAUCAGUGUGCAUCAGU